UCAACAGCAUCUUUUUUAGAGACAAUUUUACUCUUGGUUAUUAAUUGGUCCACUUGGUCAAUCACACUGUCACAACAUAUCAAGUAACCUCAGGGAGUUAAACACAGAGCCGUGUCUCAGUUCUGGAGUUAUUUAGGGAGCACAAACGUGGAGAGAUGAUUGAUAUGCUCAGCACUUGCCAGAUCACGACCCUGGCUUCCAUGCUAUUGUUGUGUCCCCGGGCAACGCACCUGCACCUAUCAGAUUCACAUUUUCUGAAAUCCUGCAGAGGACAAAGAGUAAUAAAUCAGGGGAAGUGAGGUGACUGCCCCCUACAGUCCCAGUGACAGUCCCUCUGCUUUUCCAACCCUUCUAUUCAGCUGUUUCUAUUACUGCCAUGGUACAGUAUAUGCCAUGCUACACCAUGGGACACUGCCGGCACUCUCUUUGCUUCUAUGUAUAGCCAUCUCUGUUCUCGUAGCCAUUAAUAGAAACACAAACGGUGGACAGUCAGUCAAGUGCAUUUGUCUCUUGCAGCUUUGCAGCAGCCCGGUUAGUGCUGUCACUGCAGGCACCAUCGCAGCGAUGAAGGACCAGGUGUCCUGAACCUCGUCAAAGAUCUCCAGUUUCUUGCGUUACAGAUCCUUUUGGCACCCUUGUAGGUUUAGAUAGAUGAAAAUCACUGGGAGUAACUUGAUGGAGCCUAGCAGCUGUGCUGGCUCAGAAGAUGGAGCUGUGAAGGUCUGUCAAGCUCUGGUCUUGGAGAACUCCGCAGUGAGAGUGCGGAUAGACGGGAGCAUUUUCACGGUGGACAGAAUGCUCCUGGAAAGCAACUGUGAGUAUUUCCGGGCUCUGUUUCAGUCGGGAAUGAAGGAAUGCCAGCAGGAGGAGAUACACCUCCAGGUUGUGAGCGCUUGUGGUUUUCUGGUGGCGCUCCAGGUGAUUCAGGGUGAGAGACCUAUUCUGAGCGAUGAUGAAACUUUCGAAGCCAUACAGUGUGCCGCCUUCCUUCAGGUGCAACCUCUUGUCCGGCAUCUCGUAAACCUCGUCAACUCUGAUAACUGCCUUCUCAUGUAUCACACAGCUGCUACUUAUGGCGUACUGGAACUGUUCAAGAGUGCAGCUUUGUUUAUUCGUGACAUGUAUAAAGAUCUGAAGGAGGAGGUGAAGUGUUUGCCAAAGGAAUUGACCGAUUACGUAGAGUCUCUUGUUCCAAGUACCUACGUAAUGGUUGGCACCCAUUCUCCAAGCAACAAGUCGCUUCAGAACAACAUGAGGACGGUUUGUUAUCUCGAUGAAGACGAGAAAGACUGGAAAGUCCUCACUCAUCUACCACUUGAUGCUAGCACCACCAUGGCUGGGGUUACAGUCCUCAACAACAAGAUCUACAUCGUUGGAGGACUUUACGACCUUAGCAAUAAAGUUGUAGACUCUGGCUUCUGUUAUGAUGUGGCCUCAAGUAUCUGGAGCACGUUCUCCAGUCCACAGCAACUUCGUUAUAACUGUACCCUGGUAGGACAUGACGGUUCCCUCUACGCACUUGGUGGAGAGUAUAACAGAACUGCCAUUUCUUCAGUUGAGAGGUACAACGUCUCUACAGACACAUGGAGCUUUGCUGCCCAUCUUCCAAGACCUGCUUCUGCAGUACCUUGUACCAAGAGCAUGGGCAGGAUCUUUACCUGCCUCUGGAAACCCAAAGAUGCCACAGAGAUCUAUGAAUACCUACCCGUCACAAAUCAGUGGGUUCUACUGACUACUCUUGUCAGACAUCAAAGCUACGGACACUGCAUGGUGGCCCACAGGGACAAUUUGUACGUGAUGAGGAAUGGACCUUGUGAUGACUUCUUGAGAUGCAUGAUGGACUGCUACAACUUGACCACCUGUCAAUGGACAGCCAUGCCGGGACAGUACGAGAACAGCAAGGGGGCUUUGUUCACGUCCGUGGUGAGAGGCGACUCUGUUUUUACGGUGAACCACAGAGCAACGGUGGAGUAUUCCAUCGAGGACAACAAAUGGAGGACGAAAAAGGAGAUGACAGGAUUUCCAAGAAUUGGCUCCAUGUGGACUUUCCUCCUGAGACUGCCAAAGAAAAGCACAGAGCCUCUGGGAAAGCCAGAGUUGACCAACGGCCAACAUUUUGAAGUCCUCUCUGACCUCCCUUCAAGAUCUUCUGUAGAAUGCUAUGAUUGACUCCACUGACCGUCUACAAACACUGAUUUUAAAUAAGUGAUUAUUUAUUGAAAUAACAAACUUCCUCCCUUUCCCUCCAUGACUCAGGUCAGGCACUUUUGCUUAUAAUAGGGAUAUUGGAAUGGGAAUUGUGGGUUUAAUCAGAACAAUAGUGCUGAUGUAUUUUUACAAAUAAAAAAAAAAUAGAAUAUUUGUUUAUGCUAGGUUAAACUGAAUAAGAACAAAUAAAAUAUUACAUAAGUAUUGACAAAGAUAUUGAGACAUCUUGAGUUUAUCUGUUUUUUUUUUCUAGGAGUAGAUGUCUCUACUGUCCAUGGCUUUCUACUAGAUUUUGUGGCAUUCAGAAAAAAAAUAGAUGGAGAACCUUUUUCAAGAUUAAAUUUACAGUUUUACUGCUCUCCAGCUCAAAAGUGAGCCACAAUUAAAUUAGGUACUUUUAUUUAAAGGGUUGUCCACAAAGAUUUAGACAUAUAGUGACUAAUAUAUUCACAGCCAUGCACAACCCUUAUCCUUUUUGGUAUAACGCAUGAACCAACAAAAAUACGAAUUAUUAUCCAAAAUUAAUUGGAUUACAUUUCAAAUCUAAUAAUGUCAUGUAUCAUACGCUUUAUCAUUAUUAAUCUAACAAAAGUGAUCUACCACGGUUUUAGUACGUUUACAAAAAGAAUGAAAGAAAAUUUUGCACAUAUACAUACUUUUUAUUUAUGACCCACCCUUGAUUCUCACUGGACUUAGACAGGUCUUUUAACAUUAUAUUAAAAGCAAACAACUAAUAAAAUAAUUAAAUAAAUAAGUACAGUGGUAUGAAAAAGUUUGGGCAACCCUGAUAAGUUUCAAGAUUUUCCUCUAUAAAUCGCAUUUUUUUUAUUUUUUUUUAUCAUCAAUUUCAGUUAAAUAUAUCAUAUAACAGACGCAGAACAGCAUUGACAGCCUGCUUUAAAUCACACCACAGAUUUUCAAUAAUACUCAGGUCUGGGGACUGAGGUGAUCAUUCCAGAAUGUUGUACUUGUUCCUCUGCAUGAAUGAUUU